AUGAGCAGGGAAGUUACUUCUCUCGUCGGGCCUGAUCAACAGUGGUUCAACUGCUAUCACCUCAUUGUUCUCCCCAUCGAUGCGACGGAAACCUCAUCAAACGAUGGCAGACAGAUGUCAUUUACUCCGACAUCCAAAAACUACUAUACACCGCCGAACUACACGCGGCAGGGUAUAUUACUCGCUCCUGCUACUUAUUUUAAGACGGCCGAUAUAAGUGUGGUAAACUCCUGGAUCAAGGACCACGGCUUCAACUCGCCGUUACAACUGACCGACGAUGAGGAUAUAGAGGCGGCCCGACGAGUCUAUAUAACAAUAGAAGCCACUACUUCUUUCUUGAAGAAGAAGAAGAAGAAGAAGAAGAAGAGAAAGAGGAAGAGGAGGAGCUUGGAUAAAGAGAGCUCGGAGGAGGAAGACUAG